UGAACUUUGACCAUGGACUUGGCCGCCUCCGAUCUGCUGCUCGAGUCGCAGCACCAAUUCUACUACCCACCCACCCCCGAAUACGACGUAUGCUCCUGGGGGCAGCUACCCUUAGCAGGUCCUUGCGAGACGACCGCUGGCUUUUACAGCGAAGUGUGGCCAGCACCUGACCCUGAUGGCAAACAUAAAACCUUUGUGGUCGAGCAAACCCAACUGUUACCUAUUCAGCAAGGUUCACCAAUGUCAGAUAGCAUGAGCUUGACUGUAGAAAAGUCACCCCAAAGAACCAGCAAAAUAAGAAACCAGCGCACCGCGUUCACUAAGCAGCAAAUCAGAGACCUCGAGUCUGAAUUCGCGCGUUCGAAUUACCUGACCCGGCUGCGGCGCUACGAGAUCGCCGUCGCGCUCGACUUGACGGAGAGACAGGUGAAGGUUUGGUUCCAAAAUCGAAGAAUGAAGUGGAAAAGGACCAAGCCAAAGAGCAGCAGCGGAGGAGGAGGAGGGAAAAAAAUCGAGUCUACUGAAAGCUUCAGGGAUUGCUUGUUUGUGUUUUAAAUUGUAGCAAAAACCUCCCUCUAAUUUGUAAAUAUAUUUGGGCACAUUCACCCCUCCCCAAUUUUAUAUUUAAUACAUUUUCCUUUUCGUAAACAAUUAUUAUUAUUAUUUUUUUUUUAUCAAAAUUUAAUAAUAAAGUGAGUAAGUUAUUUGUGUACUGAUGCUUUUAAUUUACAGUGAAAGAUUAUAUAAAAAAUUUGCUUUUAUAAAACAUGUUCUAAAAGUUAUUUUAACUAAAUAUCACCUCCAGAGCGGAUUCCAACAUUAAACAGAUUUUUCGUCAUCAUCAUCACUAUCUGAAUUUUCAACAAAACAAUCGGUCUCAGCUGCAGUUCUGUAGACGAAGCUGUUCACGUUGUCAGAGGAGGUUGACGAUUGUAUAAAUUUGAGUAGUGAUGUGUGUUUAUAAAUCACAUAUAAAAUCACCAUCAGUACAAUGCAAAGUAAGGUAGCAGCAAUCACAGAAAUCACAUAUAAAUGGCUUUCACUUGCGGCGGCAGCUGUUCCAGAGGG